AUGGCCGGAAUACGACAGGCUAACUCUUCAGCACAGUAUCGAGUUGGGAAGCCCCAGACAUCCAAGCACAUUCCCAAGGGUGUCGUCUCCUUGGAGAAAAUAGAUGAUGAUGUUCAGAGAAUCAAUAUAUUGAAGGCAGAGAUCAAGGGAAAGGUCGCAGUUGACAAGAGUUGGCAGGACAACUCAAACACUCAGAUAUUGAAAGGCGUGGAUGAGAAAUCGUAUAGGCAGUAUGAACUGGCAUGCGAUAGGGUGAAAGAUUUCUACAGGGAACAGCAUGAAAAACAGACAGUUGCUUACAAUUUGCAAGCCAGAAUCAACUUCAAAACAAAAGUGCGGGACAAGAUGACUAUAUGGGAUGCUUUGGUAAAGCUGAAUGAUCUUUUGGACGAAAGCGAUCCAGACACUGAGCUGUCUCAGAUUGACCAUGCGAUUCAGACUGCCGAGGCUAUUCGCCGCGAUAAUAAGCCGAGAUGGUUCCAGCUGGUAGGGUUGAUACAUGAUCUUGGAAAGCUGCUUUACUUUUUCGAUUCUGACGGACAAUGGGAUGUGGUCGGUGAUACCUUCCCAGUCGGUUGCAAGUUUUCCAAGAAGAUCAUAUACCAGGGAUCCUUCAAGAACAACCCGGAUGCCACAAAUCCACUCUACAAUACUAAAUUUGGGAUCUAUUCUUUCCAUUGUGGACUGGAUAAUGUCAUGCUCAGUUGGGGCCACGACGAAUACAUGUAUCAUGUCGCAAAGAAAAGCUCAUCUCUGCCCCCGGAGGCCCUUGCUAUGAUCAGAUACCACUCGUUCUACCCAUGGCACCAAGAGAAUGCAUACCGAUAUCUCAUGAACGAACAUGACGAGCAAAUGCUCAAGAGUGUUCAGGCAUUCAACCCUUACGACCUCUAUUCGAAGACAGAGCAAAAAUACGAUCUAGACGAGCUGAAGCCCUACUACCUCGAGUUGAUCGACGAAUUCUUUCCAACGAAAAUUAUUGAGUUCUGA